CCCGGCCGCCAUGUUUGUGGCGGGCGGAAGCGGAAGGAGGAGGAGAAGGAGGUGGUGGCAGCGGCGGCAGCGGCAGGUUUCUUCGGCCCCGCUGCUCCGCCGUGGCUCAGGGUCUGUGACGGUCCCCUGGUGUUUCUGGUUUAAGUGUGGGGCUGUAAGAUGGCCCUUCCCCGGCUGCUGCCCAGGGCGCUGGCCCCGCUGGCCCGAGGGCUGGCCCGGCCGGGCUGCGGGCCGGCUCUGCAGCGAGCGGCCUCUGCCUCGGCUCCGGCGGCUCCAGACUUCAAUAGUUUUGUCAUUCGGACCAACACUUGUGGAGAGCUGCGUUCUGCUCAUGUGGGUCAAGAGGUCACACUGUAUGGAUGGAUUCAGUAUCAAAGACAAGGCCUGUUUCUGGUUUUGAGGGAUUUCCAGGGACUGACCCAGAUCAUCCUUCCACAGGAUGAGGCACAUUCCCAUGUGAAGAAGCUCUUGUCUAAUGCCCCAGUGGAGUCUGUUGUGCGAGUGACUGGAAUUGUGUCCUCUCGGCCCCCAGGACAGGAGAAUCCGAAAAUGCCAACGGGGGAUAUUGAAGUGAAGGCGGAGACUGCAGAGAUUCUAAGCUCCUGCAAGAAGCUUCCUUUUGAAAUCAAGGAUUUUAUCAAGAAAUCGGAGGCCUUGCGGAUGCAGUAUCGCUACUUGGACUUGCGUAGCUUCCAGUUGCAGUAUAACCUGCGGCUGAGAUCACGCAUAGUGAUGAGGAUGCGGGAAUAUCUGUGUAACCUCCAUGGGUUUGUGGAUGUAGAAACUCCAACGCUCUUUAAAAGAACCCCAGGGGGAGCAAAAGAAUUCCUUGUGCCCUCCAGGGAAGCAGGCAAGUUCUACUCUCUGCCGCAGAGUCCUCAGCAGUUCAAGCAGCUCCUCAUGGUUGGAGGCCUGGACAGGUACUUUCAGGUUGCUCGCUGCUACCGAGAUGAAGGUUCACGGCCUGACAGGCAGCCUGAAUUCACUCAGAUAGAUAUCGAGAUGUCAUUUGUAGAUCAAGCUGGGAUCCAGAGACUGAUAGAGGGCCUCCUGCAAUAUUCCUGGCCUGAGGAAAGAGGCCCAAUUAUGACUCCUUUCCCUUCCAUGACAUACAAGGAGGCACUGGCUGACUAUGGGACUGAUAAACCAGACACUCGUUUUGGGAUGAAGAUAGUGGAUAUCAGUGAUUUUUUACGAAGAUUCGACAUUCAGUUUGUGCAGAAUGCGCUCAGUUACCCACAUGGCACUGUCAAAGCCAUUUGUAUCCCUCAGGGAGUGAGAUAUCUUAAAAAUAAAGAUUUGGAGUCAUUAAAGGAGUCUGCAAAAUCCCAGUUUAACCAGGAAAUCAUGGAAAUUAUCUGCAGGCCUGAUGGAAGCUUGAAGUCUCUGCUUACAAAGUUUCUUGGUGAGAAGCAGCAGUUGGAGCUUAUCCAAGUGUUGAACAUGCAGGUGGAUGAUGUGGUACUGCUGGCAGCUGGUGAACACAAGCGAGUGUGCUCUGCAUUAGGAAGCCUACGGUUGGAGAGUGCUGACCUCCUUGAGGCAGCUGGGCUGGUACUCCGUGAUCCUACAGCUUUUCACUUUCUGUGGGUGGUGGAUUUCCCCCUUUUCCUCCCAAAGGAAGAGAAUCCCACUGAACUGGAAUCUGCUCAUCACCCCUUCACUGCCCCUCAUCCUUCAGAUACCAGCCUCCUCUAUUCUGAUCCCACAAAGGCCCGUAGCCAGCACUAUGACCUUGUGCUGAAUGGCAAUGAAGUUGGAGGAGGCUCCAUCAGAAUUCAUAGUGCAGAACAACAGCGUUUUGUGCUGGAGAAGGUGCUGAAGGAGGAUUCUGAGGUGCUUUCCCAUCUGCUUGAGGCUUUGGAGUUUGGAGCUCCACCUCAUGGAGGAAUCGCUUUAGGACUUGACAGGCUGAUCUCUCUCAUCGUUGAUGCUCCAAGUAUCCGAGAUGUCAUUGCUUUUCCUAAAUCCUUCAGGGGACGAGACCUGAUGGGCAAUGCUCCAGACUAUGUCACUCCAGAAGAACUAGAGCCAUAUCACAUCCAGGUUUCCUGGCCUCUUGCAGAAAGAGGCAAAGAAAACCUUUAAAGCCAGUGAUGAGAUGACAAGAAAUCUGUGACAGUAUAGCAGGGUUGCCAGUCUUCUGUGAGGUCUGCCUGGUCCUGCAAACCUGGUGCUACAGUGGUGAGUGAUGCAGCAGCAAGUUACUCGCAAGUAACUGUUCAUCCCUCUCCCACAUCAGAACAGCCACAGUGCAGGAGCGACUGUACAGAGUAGAGCAUGGGCUCUAGUAGCAUCCUACCAGACCAGGCCACUUGGCUCUGCUCUGUAGCGUAUAGGAAGCCUUCUGCAGAGGCACUCCAGUAGGUGUUCUUAACUCUGUGUUUAAGUUGGAGAAAGCAGAGAAUUGUUGGGAGGAAAGGUGGAAGGUGAAGAAGCUGAGGAAAAGAGAAGGAAGAGAUCACCUGAAUAAGUCAGGAAGAUGGUGCAAAGGAAGAAAAAGGAGAGCUACUGUGUCCCAGGUGGGAAGGACAGCAGGAGGCAUCUGCUAGAGGAAGUGCAUGAGGAGAGAGAAGACUGCAGUUGUCUGAGCUGAUACUGAACUCCAGCCUUCUGCAAGAGAUCCUAUCCUGCGGAUUCUAACAGCUGCUGGGCUGCUCCAAAGGUUAUCAGCUAAUUCAGUCUCCACAUUGUGGGAUAACAUUACAUGGUGGUGCACACUGUUGGCUUUUUUAAAUACUGGACUGUCCUGUUGAUAAAGAGCAAGGGAGGUGGCUCUUCUCCUGAAGGUUGUGGGUUUUGGGUACUUUAUACUGACUGAAAGUGCCAUCCAUAGACAACAGUAGAGCUGACUUGCUGCUGCUUUGCAGAUUAUAAGAUGAUGAAGUUAUGUGUGUGAAAGAAAACUUAAAUCCUUUCUUAUCUCAUGUUAUGAUUGUUAUCGUCAGUCUCAGAGCAUGGUUAAAUACUAUUUUAAAAAAAACC